AUGUUUGCCAUUAUCCAAAACGAAAUCAUCGAACGUAUUGUCAACCUCCCAGCAGACAGAAAUGUCGAGUUCAUUGUUACAGCUUAUAAACAAAAUGCGGGACAUUUUACCGUCCUCAUCACUGUAACCGGGCUCCGAUCUGUACCAAUUGAUAUUGCCUUUGAUGUAGAGAUUUUGGGAAAUAGUGCUCUCUUGACUAAUGCGAAACAAUUUAACUGCCAAAACGCCGUCAGUCAGGUUGAUCAGAGAAAGAGUGUAAUAAACAUUUUCCUGGAUUCACUAUUGAUAGCAAUUCGAUCAAGAGAUGCCACCACAAUUAGCGCAUUCAUAGAUGACAAAUAUAUCUUUGUAGCGUGCGAAAGAAAAUUCUCAAAAGACGAAAUCGUCCAACGCCUUGUCAACCGACCAGCCGACAGAACUUUUGAUUUUGAUGUCAAACGUAUUGUAGAAAUUAAUGAGAUAUAUUAUUUGGUCGACAUCACUGUGACCGGACUCCGUUCUGUUCCAAUUGAUAUCAGAUUCGCUGUAGGUGUGAAAGAGAAUACUAUACUUCUGGUUCAAGCACAACAAUUGCAUUGUCCUAACAACCCUAAUCUGGUAGAUAAGACCAAAAAUCUGUUUGUUUUCCUGGACUCGUUGUUGGCAGCAAUGCGAUCAAGAUCAGCAUCUGCCCUUUGCGACCUGAUGACGGACUCGUAUAUCUUUGAAGCUUGUGAAAGAAACGUCUCAAAGGAUAAAAUCAUUGAACGUAUUGUCAACCUACCAGCAGACAGAAAUGUUGAGUUCAAUAUCACAGCCUAUAAAGAAAAUGCGGGACAUUUUACCGUCCUCAUCACUGUAACCGGACUCCGAUCUGUACAAAUUGAUAUUGCAUUUGAUGUAAAGGUCAAAGGGAACAGUGCUCUCUUGACUCAUGCAAAACAAUUCAACUGCCAAAACGCAGUCAGUCAGGUCACUCAGACAAAAAGUGUGAUUAAUGAUUUCCUGGAUCAACUAUUGGAAGCAAUUCAUUCAAGAUCUCCAUCCGCAAUUGGCGAUCUGAUAUAUGACAAGUAUAUCUUUGAAGCGUGCGAUAGAACAUUCUCAAAGGAAGAAAUAAUUCAACGUCUUGUCAACCGACCAGCCGACAGGGAAGUGGAGUUCGAUGUCAUUGAAGUCAUAGAAUUACCUGAGUAUUAUCUGGUCGACAUCACUGUGACCGGGCUGCGUUCUGUACCAAUUGAUAUUCGAUUCGGUGUAGCGGUGGCCGGGAAUGGUGGACUUCUGAUUCAUGCGAAGCAGUUUCACUGUCAAAAAAGCGUCGGUCAAGUUGAUCAGAAAAGACAAGUAUUGCUAGUUUUCCUGGAUUCGCUAUUGGAAGCAGUUCGAUCCAGAUCUGCAACCGCAAUGGGUGCCCUGAUGAGUGAUUCAUAUUACUACAAUGCUUGUGAAAGAAUGUUCACAAAAGAACAAAUCAUCGAACGUAUGGUCCAGCUACCAGCCCACAGAAAUGUCGAUUUCAAUAUCACAUCUGUAAAAGAUAAAGGGGAACAUUUUGUGGUGGACAUCACUGUGACCGGAGUUCGCUCUUAUCCAAUUGCCAUUGCCUUCAAGGUAGCUGUGAUGGGGAAUAGUGCACUCUUGAUCCACGCAAAACAAUUCAACUGCCACCGUAAACCAUUCAUUGAGCCAUUGAGCCAUUUUGAUGAGAAAAAGGAUGUAAUAACCGAAUUUCUGGACAAUUUUCUGAUCGCAGUUCGUCACCGUUUUGCACGAUCCCUGGGUAACAUUAUAACUGACAUUUUUGUCUACAAAUCGUGCGAAGGAAAUGUUUCAAAGGAAGAUUUCAUCAAACAUAUUAUGAGCUUGCUGAAAACCCAAAGGGUUGACUUUGAUAUCCAAUCUGUUCAAGAGACGCAGGAUAAUUAUAUGGUCACAAUUAAAGUCACUGGAUUGUAUGCAGAACCUGUGGAUAUUCUUUUUGAAGUUACAAAGUAUAUGCGUGGAACCGUAGUUAUGCUUACUGAAGCAACACAACUUCACUGUUCUUAAAAUUUACAUACAAAAAUAAAGUUUAUUAAA